AUGGCCGAAGCUUUUGGGAUCGCGGCCGGCGCGGUCAAUAUCGUUAGUUUGCUGGAACAGAUAAUUGAAUCGAUAUCUAAGUUGAAGGCCCUCCGGGCGUUCAUGAAGACAGCACCUGAAGACCUCCAGAAUCUCAUCGAGGAGAUAGAAAUUAUUCAAGCGGUGCUAUUGACACUGAGAGCCGAAGGGCUCACGUUCCUCAACCUUCCGUCCAUCGAGAGUCGUCUACAGGCGUUCCACAGAGAUCUCCAAGCAUUGAUGUUGGAAAUCUCCGCAUGCAGAGACACCGCCACGAAGGGACGAGUCGGAAUAUUGAAACUUGUUUUGAAGAAGGAAACGCUUCGUAUGCACAGGCAGAAUCUUGAUAGCUUCAAGAGCACCCUCUUACUGCUUCAGCAGGCUUACUGCAGUGUCUCUUUAUAUGAGAUGAACUCAAGAAUCAGCAUGCAGAGCUCCGCACCGCAAGAUGGAACUACCGAGUUAGCUGAGUGCAAGACAAAUACGAGCUAUCAGAUAAACACUCAAAGACGCAAGAGACAAGACCUCGGUCAAAGAGUACUGCGUUUUCGCACGCCGCUGUUCUUCGUCGAUAAGAUGUGGACCAUAGGCAGUAGUCACAUCUUAUCUGGCUGGAAGUUCACCUUCCAAGUUAACAAUGUUAUACCAGAUGAUGCACCAGUCGUACAGCACUGUAAGAAUGGCGACGUCGGAGAAGUUCAGAGACUGUUAUCAGAGGGCCUCGCCUCUCCCUUUGACUGCAAAGCUAAUGGGAGAAGCCUCCUACAUAUUGCUGUUUCCCAAGGGCGCAUUGACAUGUGCCGCUUACUUUUGGAUGUCGGGGCUGACUUGAACCAUACGGACAACCAGGGACUCACCUGUUGUCAGUAUCUAGAUUAUUAUAUAGCAUGGGGUGGUAUUGAACUAGACAAAAUUUCUCUGGCAUCCGAUCUAUAUCGACUAUGCAUUGGCGAGAUCGAUAACGAAUUGCUCGCCAAUGAUGAACAACGAGAAUGGGACGAUGGAAGAACGUCUCCUUACUGGGAGACCGUUGGAUUUGGCGGUCCACCUGAAGUCCUCACCAUGAUAAAUAGCCGUUGUUUCGAACGGUACUCAGAGCUACCCCUCGACGUACGAUUCAACCGAGCAAUAAGGCUCAACACUUUCAUGAAUCAUUUUCCGAACCCUGCGGUAAUCCGAAUAGCGAUGGGUGGCGGCGACCAUAUCGACCCAGCUGCCUUUAUUCUAGAUGACCGCGGGGAGACUCUUCUGCACAAGAUAGCAGAAGGCAUGGCGACCGAUAUCUCAGCAAAAAGAUCGGAUAAAAUAGCUGAAUGGCGCCGACUUCUGGCUGAAGCAACAUCCGCGGGCUCAGAUCUGAACAAAGUAGCCAACUUUGCUUAUCGGCCGCGACGAAGUCCUCUACUUGGUUUCCUAUUCAAUUUUGUUCCAUUCGAUUGUAAAGGCUAUUGGCGCCAACCGAAAAACUUCACCCACAUUUUGCGCUUGUGGAUAGUAGAGCUGAAGCUUACCGGCAUUGACCUGGAGACAUAUGGAGAGAAGGAAUUAGCCUUAUACACAUCUCACGCAGUCUUUCCCAGUCUUCCUAUAUGGCUUGAUUGUGAUAAGUUUCCUGGGCAAUACCGAUCGGUGAACCAACGUCGUGAAGGGCUUUGGGCUCGUAUACUAUAUCUGGAGUACGGCCCCGAGCCCGAAGACUGGCAUAUCUAUGUAACGAAUCCAGUGGACGAGCUUGUGGGGGAGUUCUGGGAGUCUAUCCAGAGGAGCUUGGAGGUGAUGCCUGGGACCUGGGUUGAUUAG